AUGUGCAGCGAGGCGAACCUGGCGAGUCAUGGCCAAUCAUUAGGCGGUGAUGAGGGAAAAGCGCCGAGUGCGAAGCCGCCGGGAGCCUGUGGGAUGCAUCACGCCGGGAACGCAGCGUUUCUGCCGCUGCUCGCCCGCCGAGGCCACACGCCAGAAUCUGAGUUGAUUCAAUGUUUAAGCUCAGGGGGACUUGUACUACAGCAGGUCACUGGAGUGCAGCGUGCUCGGCUCCCAUUUCCAACAAGAUGCCUUAUUUCACAAAACUCCUUUUAUUGAUUUUCUGCUUCGUUCUUCUCGUGGAAAGCAGAAGGCACAGGAGGAGGAGGUGGACGACCCAUCCGGAUAUGCAGAGGGCAAGCCACAUCUUUAAGAGGAAUCGCGACUUGACCAAAGCCUGGAGAGGAAAGACAGAGCAGCUUCUCCGAGUGGAUGAACACGACUUCACCAUGCGGCCCGCCUUUGGAGGCCCUGCGAUUCCUGUUGGGGUGGAUGUGCAAGUUGAAAGCUUGGACAGUAUUUCUGAGGUUGACAUGGAUUUCACUAUGACCUUGUACUUAAGGCACUACUGGAAGGAUGAGCGUCUCUCAUUUCCCAGCACCAACAACAAGAGCAUGACCUUUGAUGGCAGGCUGGUGAAGAAGAUCUGGGUCCCUGAUGUCUUCUUUGUGCAUUCCAAGAGGUCCUUCAUCCAUGAUACCACCACGGACAACAUCAUGCUGCGAGUGUUCCCCGAUGGGCACGUCCUCUACAGCAUGAGGGUCACAGUGACAGCAAUGUGCAACAUGGACUUCAGCCACUUCCCCCUGGACUCUCAGACAUGUUCUCUGGAGCUGGAAAGCUAUGCUUACACUGAUGAAGAUCUGAUGCUGUAUUGGAAAAAUGGGAAUGAAUCUCUGAAAACUGAUGAAAAAAUUUCUUUGUCUCAGUUUUUGAUACAAAAAUUCCACACCACAUCAAGACUGGCUUUCUACAGCAGCACAGGUUGGUACAAUCGACUCUAUAUAAACUUCACAUUACGCCGACACAUCUUCUUCUUCCUGCUCCAAACCUACUUCCCUGCCACUCUCAUGGUCAUGUUGUCCUGGGUGUCCUUCUGGAUCGACCGACGAGCAGUUCCUGCCAGAGUCUCUUUGGGGAUAACCACCGUGCUGACCAUGUCCACGAUCAUCACUGGGGUGAAUGCCUCCAUGCCUCGUGUUUCCUACAUCAAAGCAGUGGACAUUUACCUGUGGGUCAGUUUUGUGUUUGUCUUCCUCUCGGUGCUGGAAUACGCGGCUGUGAAUUACCUGACAACGGUGCAAGAGCGGAAGGAGAGGAAACUGCGGGAGAGGUUUUCAUGUUCAUGUGGAAUACCUCACUCGAAAACUAUGAUGCUGGAUGGAAACUACAGUGAAUCUGAUGCCAACAGCCUGGCAGGGUACACAAGAAACCAGAUGGCACCAGAAGAGGACAAACCAGAAAAGAUGGUUGUGCAUCUAGCUAUGAGUAAUGAAUCUAAUUCAUCAAGGAAGAGAGGCCUGAAGGGCCACGUGGGCUUGCGCAUCAUCCAGAACACUCAUGCAAUUGAUAAAUAUUCAAGGUUAAUAUUUCCAGGCACCUAUAUAUUUUUUAAUUUGAUAUAUUGGUCUGUCUUUAGCUAA